AUGAAUUCUGAAGCUUUGAUUUGCGAAAUUUGCGGACAGGAAGCGCGCGGAAGUCACUAUGGAGCGGUGGCCUGUAGAGCUUGUGCGGCAUUUUUCAGACGCACUGGAACCUCAAAACACAUCAAACCUUGCUCUCGAAAGAAGCAAUGCAAGUUUUUCAAAAACGGAUUUUUCACUUGUAAAUUUUGUCGACUUCAAAAAUGUUUCACAGUCGGAAUGAGCUCGGAAACUUUCCAAUUUGAUCGAGAUGCGUAUAAAGUGAGAGAAAUGGUUCAAUUGGAUAGAAGAAUUCCAAUGGGCUCCGAGACCCCUCUAAUCGCUAGAAAUUCUCUGGGAAAAAUGGCAUUUGGAUUUCGAAAAAUUCAAAAUGAAGAUCAAAUUUUUGAAAAUCUACACAAAAUCCCAGAAUUUGGAAAAACGCAAACUCUGGCACAGUGGGAAUAUUACAUUCUGAAAAUGACAAAAUGGUUGACAUAUUUUGAUGAUUUUCAGAAAUUAGAGCAAAGUUUACAGAUAAAAAUGAUCCAAGGAAUCUGGAGUAUUUGGAAGAAACUUGAGCGACUCGCUGCGAUCGCAAUGUGUAUUCGCCGAAAGCUCAGCGAAGAGACAAUUCGAAAAAUGAAGAAUGGAACUUUAUUAUGUAAUUGGAAUCAGAUGAAAAUCGACAUGUCAUGGUGUUCCAAAUAUUCUCUGGAGGAGUUGAAAUUGUAA